GCUGCCGGCGAUCAACUUCGGUGCGGUGGGCAUGCAUUCGCACCCGUUGCGUUGCCGUUUCUGCAUAAUUCGUUGUGUCCUCCAAUGCAAGUGAACAGCGACAGAGAAGAGAAAACACAAUACAAACACCGUCUUUUUUUCUGUGUCGUUUAGCAACGCUCUUUGAGCCUCAUCCGUAUCCGCGCAUUUGCUGGACUUGCUGAAGCAAGACGGCGAGGCUUUUCAUCGUCAUGCAAGUGCAUCUCCGCAUGUGUUACCGACGCAACAGUACGUUGUGCCACAAUGCGGGAUCAACCCUCACGUGCGCGUGCCGGCUGGCGCAUGCCGGACGUCGGCCGGACGCACGAGCGCCUCUCUCGGCGCAGGCUCUCAAGUUACGACGUGCCUUGUGGAUGCGCAUGCACCCUGUGGAGCGCUGGACCUCCUUGGUGGACCUUGGCCGGCGCGGCGCGUACUUGAUCGAGAAGACACCCGCGUCUCCGGUGGCCGAUGCAGCUACCACACCGUCCUUCUCUUUUUCUUCGGGCAGUAGCGCACCCCUCGGCAGCUCCGAUGACAAGGUUCACUUCAGCGACGCCGCCACUGCGGCGCACCGACAGCUCUGCGCCGCCCUCCCCUACCCCGCGCGCCUGCACCUUUGCCUGUCUCUUCUUAUGUGGGUUCGCUGUCUGCGCGACGUCCAGGACACACUGGCGCGGCUGCGGCUGCCCUACGCGGUGGUGCGCCGCCCCCAGCGCUACGCCGUUGCCGACGUCUACCCCACACGCCUGAGUGAAUGCUGGGUGGACGUGCACACGACGGUUUCGACCAAGAUGAACCCCCGGCGGAACUCUACGGCGGAGCAGGUGCCCGCCCCGCACACGUGGGACGUCGAGACAGCGGAGACGAUGGAGGACGCCGCGACGGAGUCAACGGUUACCCUCGACGCCGGACGUGUCCUGCACGGCCGUCCUCGGCAGCUGCGUUUGUCUGGCAGGGCGCUGCUGCGGCGGGUGCAGGGGGUGCAGCCGCGGGCGAGUGUCGACGACGACGACGUGGUGACCCGACGCACUGAGGGCGGCAGCGAGGGCGGUUGGCAGCGUCGGCGCCGUCGGCGGCUGCUUCAAAGCGAUGCCGCGGCCACGUUGGCGGGCCCGUCUUCGCUUUCCACUGAAGCUGCCGCGGCGGCAACAGACGUGUUGAAUGCGCGGCGUGGCCCCUCGCUGGAGUUUCAGCCGGACGCAGCCCGAUGCGUCGCCCCUGUCUCCCUGGAGGCGCAGCCGGUGGAGGACGCGUUGUAUCACGGCAACGAACGCCGCGGCGAGGGCUGCCCAAUGAGCGACGAUGGCGAGUCGACGCCAAACCCGAUUUAUAUCCACGUGCCGCCGUUCGAGCCGGAGGGCAACGGCGGCGCGGAGGCGGAGGCGCUGCUGCGGCACUGUGUCAUGGCGCACGCGGCAGUCCUGUCAAGUCUCUACAUCGAAGGCCGUGUAGUGGACUUCAGCACCAACCACACGGUCGUCGCCGCCUACGUGCAAUUGUUGUGGGAAGAUUUGAUAUCAGACCAGUACCUCCGCGUGUCACUCAUCGGCGCAGAGGCAGCGGCGGCGGUGACGUCGCAUCGGCCGUAUUAUCCAGCGUGGUGUUGGCGCAGCGUGCUCGUGCUGCUGCCCCCGAAGAAGUCGGGACUGUUCACCGUGCGAGAUCGCAGGGCUGCCGGUUACUCUGCCGUGCUCCUCAGAGAUUGGGCAGCGCGCAUCGCGCAGGCAGCGCCGUGCGCCGUAAUCGUGGACGGCAGCGAAGCAGCCGCGGCUGCCUAUGUCCAGCAGCUAAAAGAUGAGGUGGAGUGGAUUCAGCGCAGUACGAACCCCAUCAACGCCUCGGACGGUCCCGCGUCGCCUCUGCCGUCGUCAUCGAAGCCUUCGGUGGAAUGGGUACCGAUCACCACACGAGACACGGUGACCGGUGCACUCCACCCGAACAGCGAAUCCCAUUCAGCGACCGCACCGGUGGCGUUUCAGCCACGACGCGCUGCAGCGUCAAAGCAGUCGCUUUUUUCUGUUGCUGUCGCUGCGGCUCUUCACGUGCUCCGUCGUCAACCGAGAGCGGAAACGGAUGACGGCGCUGCCGUUACCACUGCGCGACACGCAGCUCGACAGCAGCGCUUCCUGCAAGACGUAGAAGAAACGCUGCGCGACCGUUUCUACAUGUGCGAGUUUCUUUAUUCCCCCACUCAGUCUUGCCUCCCGCCGUACCGCUUCGAGCGGUGGGUGUGGGAGCAGCUUCCGGACAACGUCCGCGUCGUCGGCAUCAACACGGCCCCGCUCGAUGUGCUUUACUACUUUCCCCAGGGCGUCUUCUUAACGCACAAGGUGGGGAAUGCGUUCCGCUACCGUGCGGUGGAGCGCACCGUGGUGGCGAAGGAUGUGGUGCCGUCGUGGUCGUCGCACCCGCUGCGGCACGUCGCCACGCAGCUCAAACGGCUCCGUCGGCGACGGUGGCGGCGACACGGCGGGAACGUCGCGGACGGCCUACACGCGGAGCUCGCGUUGUUGGACCGACGCGAAGUUCGUCGUUGCGCCGCUGCGCAGCGGUCCGAGGCAAAGGCAGCACCCCCUUCAAAGUCUGGCGCGUCAUCGCACGGUUCAGCGGUCAAGACUGACCAGGGCAGUGAGGAUGCGGGCGAGGACGGAGCAGAAGUUGCAACACACGCGUUGGUGCGCGAGCGCACGGUGGAGUACCUGGCGGAGCCGUCGAAGUGGACACUGCUCGCUCUCGCCACCGCCCGCUUUUUCCGACUGUGA